AUGGAGAAUGGCUGUGAGGACAAAGUUGGGGUGGAGACUUUACCAGGGCACUCGCUGCUGCACCGCAUCUACUGCAACAACCACAUCCUCGUGCGGCCCCGCCGCGGCCGCGUGACGGUCUGGCCCCGGGCCCGGCCGCCCGACGGCCCCCGCGGGCACCCCUCGCCCCCCGCCACCCCGCCGGCGUGGGCAGCAGAGGCCGUGGCCAGCGAGUCCGGGGGCUCGUCCGAGGAGGAGGCCGUCUGGGAGACGGCGGAGGAGCCGGACGAGAAGUCUGAGGAGGGCCAGGCGACCAAGGGAACAACUCAAUAUCAGCAUGGGAAGUCUGACAAAGAGGUCCGCGAUUCCGAAAAGGAGGAAGAAAAAGACAAGUUCAACAAAAAACAAGAAGGACCCGACUAAAAACGAUCUGCCCCACCAGAGAACAGGCCCAGAAAAUCCAGCAAGAAGAUGAAAGAAGAAAGAAUCUGUUGUUCAUUAUUUUUAGGUUUUUCAUUUUUUAGAAGCCCACGGGAAUUUCAUUAACACUGAUGUCAUUCCAAACUGCAUCACCCACAAAGUGAUAUCCAAUGAAAUACAACUCUUCUCUUAA